UGGAGCUUCACUUUCACAAAAUCAUAUCGGCUUCGAACUGCAGCAUACUCCCACUCUUCACUGUUACUCCCAAGCUGCCGAAUAUACUGCCAGUCUAUCAAACUAUUAUCUGGGUGCUUCUCCGCUGAUCAGGUCCUCGAAGUCCGAUUUCCUCAGUCCGUAGCAAUGGCGGACCGCUAUGCAUUCUCACUUACGACAUUCUCUCCAACGGGAAAACUGGUGCAGAUAGAGUAUGCCCUCAAUGCCGUCAACCAAGGUGUCACCUCCCUGGGUAUCAAAGCAACGAAUGGCAUUGUACUAGCGACCGAAAAGAAAUCCUCAUCACCUCUUGUCGACGCCUCAUCUUCGUCCAAAGUCAGCCUCAUCACCCCGAAUAUCGGUAUGGUUUACUCAGGCAUGGGUCCGGACUACAGGAUAUUGGUCGACAAAGCUCGCAAAGUCUCUCAUACUGGCUAUAAGCGUGUGUACAACGAAUACCCUCCGACUAGGAUUCUCGUUCAGGACAUCGCACGGGUCAUGCAAGAGGCAACACAGUCUGGAGGUGUAAGACCAUACGGCGUCAGUCUACUGAUCGCUGGUUGGGAUGACGGCAUUGAGCCGGAGACAGAAGCAGCGAAGGAGGGUGAGACGGAAGAAGAGAAAAAAGCCGCGCAGGGCAAGACAGGGGGUAUUCUCAAGGGCGGACCAAGUCUGUAUCAAGUUGAUCCUAGCGGAAGUUACUUCCCAUGGAAAGCCACGGCGAUUGGGAAGAGUGCAACCAGUGCAAAGACCUUCCUGGAGAAGAGAUAUACCGAGGGAUUGGAGCUCGAGGAUGCUAUUCACAUCGCUCUCCUAACUCUGAAAGAGACCAUAGAGGGUGAGAUGAACGGCGAUACAGUUGAGAUUGGCAUUGUAGGACCCCCAGAGGAUCGUCUAUUGGGAUAUGAAGGGGUAGAGCAUGCACAAGGUCCACGGUUCAGGAAGCUUACUUCCCAAGAGGUGGAGGAUUACUUGACAAACUUGUAGAGCAUAUCUCGAGUACAGAAACUGCUAUAAUGUCUAUACAGAGGUAUAGAAGUGACACGAUGGUUGGCUGUCUCUUACGUUCACGGUGAUAUGGUACACAAUGUGCUCCGCCCAGCAGAGAUGUCAUUGUCUCGAAUGUCAUAUUCUCUAGCCACUAUGAUCCUUAGGCAUACCUCAAAUGAGACAUCCAAACUAUCACACAGACGGAGAGUAUACGUAGCCAUCGAAGCUCUGUCUGACUAUGUUUCGCAACAUCGUUUCAAGUGUCGCGCUGACAUGCCUUCCGGGUCGAUCUCUUACAUUAAGAAUCGCAUUGUAUUACUUACCUGCGAGCUAAUUAUUUUAGCACUUGUCUAAAAGGAGACACAUGUAUAUAGUGCCAAGAUUAUUGGGCCCUCAGCAGGUGAGGGAUUUCACCUCACCCCUCCAAAUAAGAACUUCAUGUUAGUAACCUA